UUCCAAGGAGCAAUGAAAUCUUAGUCCAUCAUUUAUCAAAGGUGUAGAAGAUUGAUUAUUAAAAAACUGAACAGAGAGUUGAGAGCAUGAAACCUUAACACCUAAUUUAUGCAUAGAUUAGUCCAUUGCCCUGUAAUUUAGCAAUAGUAUAUAUAUGUUGGUGUGUGUCAUAUUGAUUUACAGGGAGAAAUUUGAGUCAGUACAAAAUUCCAAAACCCUUUUUGGAUCUCAGAAAUGUCAGACGAGGAAGAGACGCAGCCCUCUGAUGAGCAAAAAAUCGAGAUCGCCAAAUGGUUUCUCCUCAACGCUCCCGCCGGCGAAAUCCAAUACAUCGCCAAAGAUAUGAAGGCGGUUUUGCAGGAUGAAGCGCUGUAUACCACGGCGGCGGCAGAGGCAUAUCCUCUUUACAACAAAUCCCACAUGAUUUGCCUGGAUUUUCCUGAUAGAAGCGGUGAGGUUAUGGUUACACCUUUUAGCGAGAUUGGCGAGAAUGAGUAUCUUGAUCCUAGGACUGCUCAAGUUGCGAUUGUUGACCAUGUGAACCAGGUCUGUAGGCGUGCUCGACCUGCAAAUGAUGAAGAGCUUCCGACACCAUAUAUUGAGGAAUACCGCUAUGCAUUGGAUAUAGAAGUUACUAAGUAUGUUAGUGAAGUGUACCCAAAAGGAAUCUGUUCAGUUCAUUGCGUUAAUGGGAAAGAUGUGGAAGAACCAGGCAUGGAUUUUGAGCUUGUUGUGGUAAUUUCUGCUGCUAGACUCAGCCCCCAGAAUUUCUGCAAUGGAAGUUGGCGGUCAAUAUGGAAUGUGGAAUUCAAGGAUGAGGCACAAUUGGUGGAAGUUAGAGGUACACUUCAGGUUGGCGCCCACUACUUCGAGGAGGGAAAUGUCCAGUUAGAUGCAAAGCAUGAGUGCAAAGAUUCCACUGUAUUUAUGUCACCCGAAGACUCUGCACAUUCUGUGACCACCAUUAUACGCCACCACGAGACGGAGUAUCUAAAUUCCCUUCAGACAUCCUAUUCAAAAUUGCCUGACGCCACCUUCAAGGACCUUCGGAGGAAGCUCCCUGUUACUCGGACCUUAUUCCCAUGGCAUAACACCUCACAGUUCAGUCUCAGAAAAGAUAUCCAAAAGAGCUUGGGACUGGAAAAAAAGAAGUAAAUGGUUCAUCGUCAAGGUUGAGUGUUGUAUACUGUAGUAUUUCUAAAUUCAGCCUUCAUAUUGGUGAUUUUGUUUCCUGUUUCUGUAUUGUAUCCUGUGCUUCCCCACUCUUCCUCUAUCUCAAUUUUUUGGGCACCUUAGGAUGGCCUUGGUUUAUAUGCCAAUUGGAAGAAAUUCUCUGAAAAAUAUGAUUUGUGUAUACCUUAGGGAUGUAAAGUAUUCAUAUGUUGAACCAACUCACUUGUUUCCUGUUGAUCGUAAUCGAGUUUCAGUUGAAAGGUUGAUAUGGGUUUCAAACUAUUGAAAUCAAAUGCAACCAUAUUUUUGGAUUGAGUGAACUACGAAAAAAGGUAUUUGUUCUAUUGA